GAGGAUAAAGCCCUGGGGCAGGGUGCUCACCUACCCUGCUCCCUGUGUCCUCCUCCACCGCCCUCUCUGUGCUUCUAGCACUCAUGGCCCCCAAAAAGCCAGAGCCCAAGAAAGAAGAGGCCAAGGCCAAAGCGGCUCCAGCCCCGGCACCUGCACCCACACCCGCGCCUGAGCCUGAGCGCCCCAAGGAGGUGGAGUUUGAUGCCUCUAAGAUCAAGAUCGAGUUCACAGCAGAGCAGAUCGAAGAGUUCAAGGAAGCCUUCAUGCUGUUUGACCGCACGCCCAAGGGCGAGAUGAAGAUCACAUACGGGCAGUGCGGGGAUGUCCUGCGGGCACUGGGCCAGAACCCCACACAGGCCGAGGUGCUCCGUGUCCUGGGGAGGCCGAAGCAGGAAGAGCUCAACAACAAGAUGAUGGACUUUGACACGUUCCUGCCCAUGCUGCAGCACAUUGCCAAGAACAAGGACACUGGCACCUACGAGGACUUCGUGGAGGGGCUGAGGGUCUUCGACAAGGAGGGCAACGGCACCGUCAUGGGCGCUGAGCUGCGCCAUGUGCUGGCCACACUAGGUGAGAGGCUGACCGAAGAUGAGGUGGAGAAGCUCAUGGCCGGGCAGGAGGACUCCAACGGUUGCAUCAACUAUGAAGCAUUCGUGAAGCACAUCAUGACCAGCUGAGCCCGUGGGCGAGACCCGGCACCUGGCCACCUCCGGGGCUUGCUCUGUGCCGCGCCUGAGGCCGCCUGUGCUCUUGGGAGCUGGGAGCCACAUGGGGACACCGGUUCUGUUCAUGGGGACACCAUCAUCUGUGUCCCCUGUCAAGCUGUGCUGGCCUGCCGCUGUGUUCUCCUUCCACCAUGGGCUCCUAAAUAAAAGCCUGCUCACCUGCC